UUAUUCCUCCCCCAUUAAACCACCACCUCCGUCUCCUCCCUCCCACCACCGCCUCCUCCUCUUCAUCCCCUGAAUCCUCUUCGUACGCCCGCCUGCAGCCCCGUCGUGCCGCCCACCAAAUCACACACGCGCUCGACCUGUGGCCGUGCUGCCAUUUUCUUCUGUGGAUGGAGUAACCGCCGUUCCUUCCUUCCUUCCUUCCCCGGGCGCGGCGAUUUCGGGGCUCGCAUUUUGGCGGAGGGAGCCGGCCUCCGGCGGCGGCAUUUCUCCUCGACUCCUCCGGCAUUCGGCCGUGUUGGCCGGCGGCGGCUCGGGUUGGUUUGGUGGUGGACCGGCGAGCAGGGAGGCCACUGCAGCGGCAGUAGCGGGCUCCUUUUCGCGGGGCCCCUUUUCGCCGCCGCCGCGGCAGCUGGUGGUGCUGCUGGUGCGGUGGGGAUGCGCCUCGCCUUUUUGCCGCCCCCGUGUGGCGUGAUUCCGAAGGGUCGUGGGCGUGGGCGCGGCCGGGUUGGCUUGUGCUAGAUUGGCACCGCAUCUUCUGGGCGAAGGAAGGGAGGGAGGUCGGCUGGGCUGGGGGCCAACCCCCAAAAGGAAGAGGAAGGUUCCGCGCAAUGCCCACCAUCCGGGCUCCGGCUUCCAGGCAGACGGCCACGCUGCAGGUGGCUGUCAAGUGCAGGCCACUGACCGACAACGAGAGCCGGCGCUCGCGGCACAUCAUACAAGUAAUUGAUGACAAGAAUGUAGCUGUGUUGGACCCUGAUAUCUCCAAGGGCUACCUGGACCUCAUCCAGAACCGGACCAAGGAGAAAAGAUACAGCUUCGAUCACGUGUACGCGCCUGGAUGCUCCAAUACGGAUGUUUAUAAGAAUAUUUCUCCCACAGUUUUGGGUGUAGUUCAAGGCCUUAAUGUGACAGUCUUUGCGUAUGGCUCUACUGGAAGUGGCAAAACAUAUACGAUGGUUGGAAGCCGGAGUGAUCCUGGUCUUAUGGUUCUUAGCUUCCGCACAAUCUUUGAUCAAAUAAAAAAAGAUGAUAGUUCAGAUACAUUUGAAGUCUCAUGUUCAUAUCUGGAAGUAUACAAUGAGGUUAUCUAUGAUUUGCUUGAGAAAUCCUCAGGUCACCUAGAGCUUCGUGAGGAUCCCGAGCAUGGCAUAAUAGUCGCUGGUUUAAGAAGAAUUAAGGUCCAUUCAGCAGAUAAGAUCCUUGAACUCUUGAACAUAGGCAACAGCAGACGAAAGACAGAGAGCACGGAAGCAAAUGCAACCUCUUCACGUUCACACGCUGUACUGGAGAUUACUGUAAGGCGCAAGCAGAAAGGAAAAUAUGGUAGUCAAGUUCUUCGUGGAAAGCUGGCCUUGGUUGAUCUUGCGGGAAGUGAGAGGGCUUCUGAAACGAACAAUUUUGGCCAAAAGCUUAGAGAUGGAGCAAAUAUUAACAAGUCACUUCUAGCGUUAGCAAAUUGCAUCAAUGCCCUUGGCAAGCAAAAUAAGAAAGGUCUAGCAUAUGUUCCAUAUCGCAACAGCAAAUUAACUCGAAUUCUGAAGGAUGGUCUCUCUGGUAAUUCUCGAACUGUUAUGAUUGCCACAAUAUCACCAGCUGAUGAUCAGUAUCAUCACACUACCAAUACACUCAAGUAUGCAGAUCGUGCUAAGGAGAUAAAAACACAUGUUCAUAAAAAUAUUGGAACUAUCGACAAUCAUGUUGAAGACUACCAGAGGAUGAUAGAGAAUCUCCAGGGUGAGGUCUCCCAGUUGAAAAAGGAAUUAGCUGAUAAGGAGCAUCAGUUGAGCGUAAAACCUACUGAAAAGGCUGCAGAUAAUGAGCUAUCUUGGCUAAAUGUCUUGAGCCAGGAAACUGGUGAGAAUGUUCAGGAACGCAUAAAUCUACAGAAAGCACUGUUUGAACUUGAAGAAACCAACAAGCGUAACCGGAUGGAGCUCCAACAUCUUGACGGCGCAAUCGCAAGACCACAGGUGAAUGAGAAGGAUUAUGCCCUUUUGCAAGCCUUAACAUCAAGGAGGCAAGUUAUUCUUGACAACAUCCGUGACAAUGAUGAAGCUGGUGCUGGCUACAGAAAGGAUAUUGAACUGAAUGAGAGUCGUAGGCGUCAGCUCCAAGAUAUGAUCGAGGAGGCUACGAGUAACAAUGGGAACAGGACUUACCUGCAGAUUCUCAGCCAAUACAGGCUUCUUGGAAUGAAUAAUGCUGAGCUUCAAAUUGAGAUGGCUAUGCGGGACCAAGUAAUACAUAACCAGAGGGAAUCUCUAAGGAGCCUAUGGAACAUUCUCUAUGGAACAGGGCUAAACCAGAAACAGAUUCUGAAGUUGGCUGCUAAGCAAGGCUUAACUGUGGAAGGCUGUCCUUUGCCUAGCUCGAGCCCUGAUGUUGCUACACCCCAUGGAAGGCUACCACCAUUCAUGUCGUUUCCUAGUCCACAGUCACAGUCUUCUUCUCCAUCUAGUUGCUUUUUCCAACAAGGUUUCAGCACCAUGUCUGUUCUCAAAAAUCAACAUGAGACGCCUACCAUCUGUAGGCAGGAACAUCUCAGCUCUUACUACAUGAUGUCUGGCUCCUCGCCUUAUGCUGGUGAUGGAAAACAAUGGGCAAGUGGAGCGUCAACGCCAUACCAUUCUACCCCAGAAACGAAAAGCGAGCGAUCGCCCUGCAGUGGCGAGCUUCGCACCCCAUAUUCUGGAAUUGAAGGUUUCAGCAGGCAAAGGAAGGAUUCGUGCUCUAGAGAAAGGUAAAGAGGAAGGACAUCAAGAUUCAAGAAGACACACGAGUCAUGACUCACUGAGUCAACGCACACAAGCAGCUGACAUGGCUAUAAUACCAGCCUGAUGCCUGCAAUCUGAUAUGAUCCUCCUGUGUGCACAUCAUCUGCCGACACCGGCCGGCCGAGUUCCUGGAUCUGAUAAGAGGAUGUUACUGGUAGUUUAGGCCAAGCUGUUGCCAUGCCCUAGGCCAUGUUCAUGGUCAUUUUGGUGCCUCUAGAUGUGUGUGACAUGGCGCACUCCACUCCUGUACAGUAGUUGUUAGUCUCUCCUGUAGUCAGUCCUGCUGUACCAUGUCUCCUGUUAGUCUGUUGCCUUGUAUAGUGUAUGCAUCUGUUGGGGCUGAAUCUACCUUUUGGGCCAAGAAUCCUGUAAAUUUGCUGCGACUCUUAACCCUUCAUCAAGCAAGUAAAGCCCGCUCCGAGCACGGUGGUCGCUACUAA